AGAUAUAACCCAUGAAUUUCAUGACUUUCCAAACCGUUGGCAUUGUUUAGAAUGACAAAGGGCAUGAAGCAAGAUUUUCAUCUCAUUGUAGCUAUGCUUCAAUUUCAAAGAAUUACUAAUGCAAUGCACACCCUUUGGGCUCUUUCCCAGUUAACUAUAUCACAUUCUGGUGAUUUGAGAUCGUUUGCAUAACCUUAAUUCCAUUUUAUCAACCAUGGAUGCCAACACCUAUCAUGUUGCAAUGUAUCCAUGGUUUGCCUUGGGUCAUCUUACCUCAUACCUACACAUCUCCAACAAACUUGCAGAACGUGGCCACAAAAUUUCCUUUCUCAUGCCUAGAAAUACUAUACCAAAAUUGAGUCAUUUCAAUCACCAUCCAAAUCUCAUCUACUUCAUUCCAAUCACUGUACCACAUGUCAAUGGUCUCCCUCUCGGCUCUGAAACGACUGCAGACCUCCCUUUCUCACUGCAUUCCCUUCUCAUGACUGCAAUGGACCUCACUGAACCUGUCAUUGAAGUUUCUCUAAGAGAUCUCAGACCCCAUAUGGUCUUCUUUGAUUUCACAUAUUGGUUACCUGCAAUGGCGUGCAGGUUAGGAAUUAAGGCUUUGCAUUACUGCACAAUAAGUCCUGCCACUGUGGGGUAUCUGAUAAGCCCAGAAAGAAAACUCCAUGAAAAGUCAUUAACAGAAGCUGAUCUGACAAACCCUCCACCAAGCUUUCCACCAUCAGCCAUCAGGCUACAACCUCAUGAAGCAAGAGAGUUAGCCACUGCCACUGUAAAGGAUUAUGGCAAAGGCAUUUCAUUUAUGGAGCGUCAAUUGAUCUCUUUCACCCGCUGUGAUGCUAUCAUUUUCAAAACUUGCCGAGAAAUGGAAGGCCCUUAUUGUGAUUAUCUUGAAAGUCAAAUGAGAAAGCAAGUGCUUUUGGCAGGACCAGUUUUGCCAGACACACCAACCUCGAUUUUAGAAGAAAAAUGGGUGACUUGGCUAGGGAGUUUCAAACCCAAAACAGUGAUUUUCUGUGCCUUUGGAAGCGAAUGCAAUUUAAAGAGUAAUCAAUUCAUGGAACUGUUAUUGGGUUUUGAACUUACAGGAAUGCCUUUUCUAGCUGCCUUGAAACCCCCAAUUGAAGCUGAAACAAUGAAUUCAGCUUUGCCUGAAGGAUUUAGUGAGAGAACAAAGGGAAGAGGGGUGGUUCAUGGAGAUUGGGUUCAGCAGCAAUUGAUCUUGAGCCACCCAUCGGUGGGUUGUUUUGUCACUCAUUGUGGAUCUGGGUCAUUAACAGAGGCGAUGAUAAAUGAGUGUCAGUUGGUACUGCUGCCCCACGCAGGAGAUCAGUUCAUUAAUGCAAGAAUAAUGAGCGGAGACUUGAAAGUCGGAGCAGAGGUUGAGAAAAGUGAAAAUGGACUAUUUAACAGAAAAGCUGUGUGCAAGGUAGUGAGAGACGUAAUGGACAACGAUAGUGAAGUAGGUCAAAUGGUGAGAAACAAUCAUGCCAAAUGGAGGGAGUUCUUGUUCAGUAAGGGUUUGGAGAACUCUUAUGUGGAUGAUUUGGUUCAGAAGCUGCAUGGUCUGCUCAAGUCUUGA